GUGGUGUUCCGGUGGCGCAAUCCAAACAAAAAUGUCACAUUGUCCGUUAGGGCUAGGGUUUUGAAGGUCACACAAAGCCUCAAGCAACCUGGCUGAAGCCAACCAUGAACAACAGUCUUCUUCUUUCGCUUGUUCAACUUGAGCAAGAGCAUCGCAGAGACCAAACAAACACCGCCCCCUACGAUACUGUUCUACUGUAGCUAGCUAUCUAGCUAGAUUGCUUGGGGUAGUCCGGACCCCCAGUUCUAUUUGCGGUGAACGGGUGUUUGCACAGCGUUCCACAACAGAUCAACAAUCGACUGUCGAAGAAGAGGAGGACGCAUCCGACAAGAACCUUUGCCUUUUGGACUGGUCGAAUGCACCCAGCAAGUUUAUCCUAACGAGAGAGUUUGCUACUACACCAUGACGAGUAGCACAGCCCCCAAAACGAUUCAAGAACUUGACCAUUUGCCCAAGUUGGCGUAUCGUGAAAUCACGGUUGGACGAAUCAUUGGGCAGGGCGGUUUCUCGUUGGUGAAUGAGAUUAGUCACAUUGAUCUAGACGAAGUGAAUGACACGACAGAGGAUCAGGCACGGUUGCGACGAUUUUUUGCCAGUUCCAACAAUGAUCGCUCCCACCAACGUCCACUGUUUGUGCUGAAGAAACUUCGAAAUGAUUUGCCAGAGGAAGAACAAGCAAAAGGAGUUGUAGAUCUUGCCAUUGAGGCCGAAUUUCUAGCCGUGUUGAGCCAUCCAGGGAUCAUUUCCAUGAGGGCCAUGGCCAAUAGCGAUCCUCAUUCCACUUCCUUUUUUGUCGUCUUGGAUCGAUUGGUGACUACGCUGGACAGACGAUUCAACUUUUGGAGAAAAGAGGUUGGAGAAAAUGUUGGAAUGUGGUGGGGAUGUUGUAUCGGUUACUGCUGUGCCAAAAAGCACGCCUUGAAUCAACUGUGGCUGCAACGCCUGGCAGUGGCAAGAGAUAUUGCCAAGGCAAUCGAGUAUUUGCAUGGAAAGAAAGUAAUUUACAGAGACUUGAAGCCAGACAACUUGGGCUUCAAUGCCGCCAAUGAGUUGAAAUUGUUCGAUUUCGGACUGGCCAAGAGAUUGUCGCCCAGUAUCCAGACUGAUAAUGACUUGUAUUUGUUGACGGGAAAUACAGGCAGUCUCAGAUACAUGGCGCCCGAGGUUGCCAUAGGGCUACCCUACAAUCAAAAGGCUGACUGUUAUAGCUUUGGAAUACUGUUUUGGCAAAUAUGCACUUUGACAACGCCAUAUUCGGGCUUUUCGACAAAAAUGCACGCGGAGAAGGUAGUGAAGCAAGGAUACCGCCCAAAACCCGACGCAUCCUGGCCAUCCACUUGGGUAGAUUUGAUGAAGGAAUGUUGGACCCGAGAGCUCAAGGCCAGGCCUGAGUUUACCAAGAUUAGGAGCCUUUUAGAGGAACAAGUAUACCUCUGGCAAGAGGAAGAAGGUGUUGUACCGACUCGAGGCUCAGAAAUUCGUGCCAAGAAGCGCAAAAAGAAGGUCAAGACUGAUCGCCUUGACGUCGACACCCGGCUAUCAACAGAGGAAGACGUGACCGCGAAGCGAUUUGAUGGUAACGUUGUAUAGGCGACAUCAGGAACAGCGAGCGUCGACACGAAUAUCUCAACAAUAAUCAUAACACGCGUUGUUCGAAGCUCUUUGGCCAAGACUUGCAUUCGUACCGUAGAGCGGUCAGGCCAGGCCCACUUUUGGCAACUAUAGACAUUGUUGUUGUUCUUGCAAGCCUGCUUUGCGACAUAAAAAACUACCCGCUUCCCUGUUCACCCAUCAGACUGGUGCUGGGACUUGAAAACGAAACGAAAAAAUUGCGUCCUAGCUUGCACAUGUAGCUAUCGGUAAGAGUCCGCAUGUUUCAGAUGCUGCGAACACUUUGCCGUAAUCCAGUCACUCGGCAUCUCUGCACCAAUGAACCCAUCAGCCAGCCCGCAAUGGAUUUUCAGUGACUACUAGCACUAGCUAGUCCAACAUCCGGGCACCAGGCAAGGUAGCGGUAUGUUUUGCCACUACUGUACGGAUGACUAUUUUUGCCUCCGGCAUUGAGCAGUCGUAAGUACGAAAUAGCAGUUCCCUGUCCAUC